AUGGAGCUGCGGGCCUUGUUGGCCUUCUACGCUUUUAAUCUGGUGGCCUUCUGCUGCGCGGAGCGCGUUGGGGGCCCGCUUGCGUGGUUGAGUCGCUUCUGGGUCACCUUCUUGGCCUGGUACACAUGGGAUGCGUGGCGCUGCUGGGAGCGGUUCAUCCGCCACCGUAGUGACCGGUCACAGAUCAACAGCCCUUCCAAUCGGCGCCGGCCGGACCUUCAGCGCCGCAGACUGGAGGUGGGACUGACGAAGACCGAGGAGGUCGAAGCAUUAGCACAGCUACUGCCUCCAACCUCUGCGCCCUCAAGCCCGCAGAGCAGCGUGGUGCUCAGCGACUUUGGCGGCGUCUCCUCGGAAUCGACAGAGGCGACACCGGGCAGCCCACGGAGGCGACGCAGAGGCUCGGCGAAGCUUGAGCUGAGCCAGGUGUUAAAGCUGAGCGACGAAGUGGCGCUGGACUUGGACAUUGACCACAUUUACCUCGCGCUGGUGCCUUUCCUUUGGGGGCAGAUCUUCAUUGGCUUGCCGGCUUGGGCCAACAUGCUCUUCGGUGCCAAGGGCACACCCGGAGCUUUGCGCUUCGGAUUCUGGCAGCUCCUUUACCGACUCGGAUACCCAAGGCCCGUGGUGAAGGACCCCCGAAAAACCUGCGCAGAGCUUCUGCUGGAGACAAGCCUGGCAAUCUACUUUCAGGAGCAGAGGGUUGGCGGCGAUGGCAGGAAGGUGGCCCACUUCAAGAUCCCUUCCGUGCCCCACCUCACAGGAGAUAAUUUCCGCACGAUCCAGCACGAGGACCUGAGCCUGGAGCUGGAUUUGGGUGAGAGGCUGCUUUGCAGCGCGAGGUACGGCGACCAGCAGAUCCGGCCGGACGAGACCAUGGUGUUACUGAACCUCGCCGUAAGCAUCAUGCUGCACCCAAUGCUGCAUGCCUUCGCCAACUGGUCCACCACUCCGGAGAGUCCAGAUGCUUACACAAGGCGCAACUCAAUCGUCACCGUGCUCUUCAACUACUACGGCAUCAAAGCCUUUGCGCACUGGUGCGACUUCCUCUGCUAUUUGGGCCUUGGGAAAGUCAGCGGCCAGACUUUUGCCACUACGGUCCGGUCCGGGAUGCGGCAGCAUGUGCCGCCACAUGCACAGGUCUCGCUGCUGAUGCCGCACAGCCGCCUCGUGAACUUCACUGUUUGUGUUCGCAGCUUCUUUCUCAGGAAGUUCCAGAAGUACCAGGAACAGUUCCCUGGCAUCGACGGUGAAGCACUCUUCCUAGCCACAGUGCUGCACCCCCUGGAACACUUCAACUUGGUGACUCUCCAGAGUGCAUAUGACAUGGUGUGCGCCAACCCUGCCUUUGAGGGUGACCUUCAACUCGUCCGGUCGGCCAUCAUCAUAACUUCAGACAAGCUUUGGCUCAGCCACCUCCUCUACGACUUCAGUUUUCAAAGCUCCUCGCAGGAGCUGUUCAAGGAGACCUACAAGCAUGCCGUACUUAUCGACGAGGAGCUCGCGAACGAAAUGGAGUGCUGCGCCUUGAACUCGGCAUUGGCAUCCCUGGGGUCGGCGUUGCGAUGGGAGCGCGCCCUGCACUGCCUAACGACUCACGAGAAGCUGAGAGACAGCGUCAGUGAAGACACCGUGAUGGCCGCCUGUGCCCGGGCAGCCGCCUGGGAGGAAGCGUUGAGUCUGUGGCACGCGCAGGCAAGUUCCAGGACGCCAUCAUCGGCAGCCCUGGGCGCACUCUUGACGGCGUGGGCCGCCGCAAGAGAGUGGGAGGAGGCUUUGGAACUCCUUCAAUCUGUCAGUGAUCUCGCUGCCGUGGGCGCCGCACUCGGGGCUUGCGGCCGUAGCCUGCGCUGGCGCCAGGCGUUGGCGCUGACAGCUGUGCGGCCCUGGGAAGAAGUCUGCGGAGAUGCCACGUUGCUGGAGGGGGCCAUGGGGAUCGCCUCGGAAGUCCAAAAGCCUUCGGUGGCGAUUGACCUCGUGCUCCGAGUUGGCAGCGCUUCAAUUUCUGAUCGGCUGCGGAUCUUAGCUGGCGUGCCUGGGAUGGCACGCUGCCGCAGGACCGGAGCCGGCCUCACAUCCUUGGAGGUGCAAACUUGGCUUCAGUCAAAGGCCAUCACCUGCGAAAGGCCUAGCUCCUGUGUCAGAGCUGCUCAUGCUUGGAGGAUCAAGGGACGUAGCAAGUGA